GAUAGGAAUGCAUAUGAAGCCAACAAAGCGCUGACUGCAAGUUAGUUGUCUAGCGCAAAAUAUCGGCCCUAUGUCCCGUUUUUUGAAACACAGUAAAGUGUUCGACGACUCUAAAGGCCGUUUCUUUCUCGUUUUGUUAACAGAGGAGAAUGACGCAAGGCUGUCUAAGCUUAACUUAUCCAUAACAGAUGGCAACAGCGUUUGGAAAGCAUCGACAAGCUUCGAGGAGUCGUGCGGGUCGCUUAACUCCCGUCGCGAAGAAAACGUUAAGCAUUUAAUAAGGCGUAUCGGCAACUGCAGACUCGAAACUUGUGAUGACACGGAUGAACUGUCAGUUACACUCCUUCCUCCUGGGAAAACCUACGCGCUCGAGUUCAAGAAGGCUACUAGCGCGAGUGCGGCACUAGAACGUCUUGACCUGCUAGUGGCCGUCGCCGAUGCCGGCGAUCUCAAGAUUCUUGUGGACUCUGUCGAUAAUGACACCAUGGUUGCGGUAGCGUCAGCUAAGAGGAGCAAGUCUCGCAAGGAAUCUGCACCCGUGGAGAAGGAAGGCAUGAGCCUACUAAACCCCAGAAGUAGAAAAAUCCCGACGAGCAGGGGCAUUGAUUUCGACUGAUUGAUGCAGGCAUAUGAAUUGUCUCAACUAAGUAGACUUUUAGGGUGGAUCCUUUAAGCUUUCUUGGCCCCGUGUCAGUCGUCAAUCGUUUAUCUGUCAGAUCUAUGUAUAUGUCACCUCCGGCUUCAGCGCAAGAUCAAGUUAGCCUUGCUUAAACCGCACGCAUUCGAAGAGAUUGCCACUCGCUUGCGCGUGUGUGUUAUUGAGCCAGUGAGACAAGCUGCACAUGUUUUUUGUUUAGAGCUGGGAGGACAUGUUUGGCUGGUUGGUGCUUACUUAAGGACAUAGUGCAGUGGCAAAGACGCAGCCGCGUAAAAAAAAUAAAACACACACAUCACGGGCAGCUACUAACUACUACUUCAUUCGAGAGGCAGCAAGAUCACAUUGUAUGUGUUUCCCAAUGCAGACACGCCACAGCCCCAUCAGGAAGGGUGCAUUUGUGAAAAACUCGAAAAAUCGGUUUUUAAGAAUGUGCGCUCCACAUUAUGCAACACACAGUGGAAGUCUGUUUAAAAAUGCAUUACUUUUUUUCUUUAAUAUGAGAUGCUUCCUAAGGUUGCUGUGGUCUUCUAUCUUUGCUUGUACCCGGUAUCCUCACAUGAAGUUUGCAUUGGCAAGGGCAGAAUUUUCAGUGUGCAGAAAGAUGUGCAGCCAAGUCCAUCAGGUUACUAGCAUGCUCCCUCAUUCGUGUAAUUAAUGCAGCAAUGAGUUUGCCUUAUAAGCCACUUCACUAGUGUACUGCCCAGAAGCUACAGCGUGCAUCACUUGCCACCUUAUCCUUGAAACUCUUUUGUGAUGCGAGGACAACGUUUAUCACUCUUUGGGGAACAGAGAACAUGACAGCCACUCUGUACCUGUUUGCACCAUUAUGACGAUGAUUAUUAUUAUUUUCAAAUUUUGGCUCAUCAUCUGCACAUAGAACUUGAAUCACUGUCUCUGGCUGCUCUGAUCUUACUGUACACAGUUCCUGAUGUGGCAGUGGUAUGUGCACAUGGGGAAAAAUGUAUAUCAGUAUCUCACUGCCUGUCGAAUAAAGUUCGUAGUGCCCGAGA